GCAAAGCUAGCCUCAAAUGUGUGCUACGUAAGAGUCUGAAGCACAUCUUAGUUUGCGGACUAAACACUUUUGCUCCAGAACUACUAUUAAAACAAAAUAUAGUAUUCGGUACAGUACAUAGUAAAUAUUCGCAUCUUGAAUUCAACAUGUCGGCCAAAUUUUGGGUGCAUUGCAACAAGUGUUACGUACGUUCGAAUAAGAAAACAAAAUUUUCUAUAGCAAAGUGCUCCCAUAUACUAUGCUUCGAUUGUGCUCAACUUGCAGCUAAGAAUAAAGCCUGCAGUGUUUGCAAGAUCCCGACUUCAUUAAUCGUAUUGGAUAGUCAGAUGCCAUCUAAUAUAUGUAACUAUUUUCAAUCCAUUGAUUCCUUAUACAAGAUGGCUAAGAAGACAAUGAGCUUUCAAGCGGAACACCGAAUGAGGCUGGAUAAAUUACUAGCAGCAAAAUAUGCAGCACUCAGAAAAGAAUAUUUUGGCCUGCUUGAGAAAUUCAAGAAGUUUAAAUCUGAAGGAGAUCGUUUACAGCAAGAGAUAUCAUAUCGUUCGAGGAAUAAUCUAACAUUUCAAUCGGAGGACUCCCGUUACAAAGAUGUAACAAUGGGUGGACAGUUUACUGAUUUUUCAAUGAGUUCGAACAAUACAAUGCAGAGGCCUCAUCGUAUGUUCAACAUGCAUCAGGCUAGUUUCGGUUCUUUAAGAAGCUGCAAUGACAGGUCAAGAUUUGACUUUAAUUAAUUAUUAAAUCACAAGAAGAAUAUGUAAUAAGUCAAUAUUAUCCAUUUUUUCCCAUAUUUUCUUUUGCAAAAGAAGGCAAACUGAGUUUUAAAGCUCCUGGAAUCUGCAUUAAGUUAAUUAAAU